GGCGUAUUCUCUUGGCUCGAAGGGAAUGUAUUUUUGUGUGACACCAGGAAGUUCGAAUCAGAAGAUUCAGCGAGUGGCUCUGUUGCUUGCACGGUGUGAGAGUUUGGCGACACCUGCUGUCUGUCUGAGGAUCUGCAACGCAAACACAGUGCCUUCAGAAACACACAGUCAGCAACCAGCUGGAGCUCUUUGGGUUAAAGUCUGGAUUCCAUUUGGACUGCUGACCGGGGUUCCAGAAGGGACGGGAUUAUUCCGGUGACAUUUUCUAGAAAAACACCCAAAAAAUGUGUACAGUAAUGUUUCUAGAAGGUUAUUAGACGUUUGUUUUAAAUACAAACUGACUAGCAUUCCGAAUGGACAGCAAUGUUGACGUUUUCUAGGGAACUUUUUUUUCUGAGCAAUUUUAAAGAUUUGAAAGCUGCCCCCUGGAGGAGUUUCAGCGGCACCACAGUGCCCCCUGGUGGAGGGCUCUACACAUUGAAAUUAAUUGCACCCGCUUACUAGUCAGAAGUUGGACAGUUGAAUGGAAAGCUGGAAGUGUGCUUUUUGAACAAAGAAACAUGAAACGGACGUCACACCCUUUACCAGCUCCCCGACUUCAGAAAACAGCUGGACAAGCACUGAAGAACGGACUGCAACAACCCCAGUGAUAGCACUUAUUAAUGGACUCCACAAGGCAGCUCAGUCGCACAUGUGUUUUAGCUGGUUGUAAAGUACGGUUUUUAUUACUGCGUCAUUCUGUGUUUCAUGCAGUUGAAUGCAGUGUGUUGGAAAGUCACAGAAAUGGAAGCACUAAGACUGCCAUUUCUAGCCAGAUGAUGCUACUGCGCCCUCGAGUGGCCACAGGAAGAACUGCAACCCACUCCGACAAUGUGGAACUGAAAGAAAGAUGUUGUAUGUAUAAGGCACGCAUUAUAAAUAUAUAUAUAUAUAUACAUGGAUAGAUGUAUAUCAUAUAUGCAACACAGACUCCCGCUACGGGAUUAUUAAAGGAAUAUCGCAGUAUUGCUUUUAAGUGACACUCAGACUUAUUAUAAUUUUUAUAUUUGCUACACAAUUGGAAGUACACAGUAUUAUUAUUAUUAUUAUUAUUAUUAUUAUUAUUAUUAUUAUUAUUAAUUGGUCAUUUAACAGAUUCUUUUAUCCAAAGCGACGUACAGAGACUAGAGGGUGAACUAUGCAUGAACAACUGCUGCUGCAGGACCUUGUUUGCUUUACGUCUCUUCCAAAGGACGGAGCACAAGGAGGUUAAGUGACUUGCUCAGGGUCACACACAGCGAGUCAGUGGCUGAGCCGGGAUUUCUAUAUUACACUAACAACAAACUCCAGGUGCAGUGAAAUUGUUCGGUUUGUUUCAGCGCCCCCUUGUGGAAUACAAACCAACUGCGCUUGCCUUCUGGAAUGUUGAACGAAACAAGAUUAUUACUACUGUCAAAUAUCGCUGGACUGGAACUCAGAGUCUGAGCUGACAAGGUUACAUAUAAUCUUCUUCGAAAGGACUACAGACUGGAUUUCCUUAUCCUUAGAAAAGAUCUGGACACAAGCAGUACCCGCUGGUGGCUGGAUAUUUAACUGUUGCUUUUGAAAUAGAAACCAUAUUAAACAAGGAGGAAAAUGAUUUUUAGAAAAAAAAAAUAUUGGAAAAAUCUAAGCUUGUUUAGAUGUUGAACAGUACUGUAGUCUUCAGAUAGUGUUUGAAUACAUUUGGACACAAUGUUUUUGUAUUACAAUGGAAAAUGAAAUGACAAUAUUGAACAAAAACUCAAUCAAAAGGACGCAGUACUUAGCUGCCAAUUUUUGUAGAAGUAAUAAUCUAAAAUAAUAACAGUUUUUGGAUAGUGAAAAAAAACUGAGAAGUAGACAAAUGAAAUAAUCAGUAAAGCUGAUUUUAUUUUUCUUUUAAAACUCAGUCCUGAAUGGAUCCUGUGAAACCAGCCUGAGAGCUCUCAAGGUGUGACGCAGACAGGACUGCUGAAGAACAGCAGCUGUCUCUCUGUGUAUAAUUUAGCCAGUGUCUAUGUAGAAGAGAUAGCGCCAUCUAGUGUUCAUCCAGGCAAACGUCAUCAGAAAACUUCUCUAAAACCAGAAUGAAAAACGGAGCUGGGAAAUUAAAUGUAUUUUAAUUCAAAGCCCAACAAAAUGUUUCCAAAAACCACGCCCUGAGCCAACACUGAUUUCAAACUCUACGAAAAUUAAAAACAAACAAUGGCCGACAGGAAAAAGCGAAAACUGCGCGUGAAAGAGCCUGCCAUGAAAACGGAAGAGGCCCCCUCUUCCCCUCCCGGCUCUCCCCCCGCGCCAGAGCCGGCGGAAGGAGGAGGGGAAGAGCCGUCGCAUUCCACGCACCAGUGCAAGGAGUGCGGCAAAGAGUUCCCGCGGCUCUGGGACCUGCGCUAUCACCUGCGAUCGCACCAGGAGGGCCGCGGCUUCCCCUGCUCCACCUGCGGGAAAGCCUUCUUCCAGUCCUCCUCUCUGCUGAGGCACGAGCUGAGCCACCGCGGGGAGAGGCCCUUCCAGUGCUCCGAGUGCGGGAAGAGCUUUGCACACUCUGCACAGCUGGAGAACCACCGCCGCAGCCACUCGGGGGAGCGGCCCUUUGUGUGCCUGACCUGUGGCAAGGGCUUCAUGUCCUCCUCCCACCUCUCCCAACACAAGCGCACGCACUGGCCGGCCGAGUCGCGCCACGCCUGCCCCCUGUGCGGCAAGACUUUCUCGCGGCCCUGGAACGUGCUGCAGCACCUGCGCUUCCACACGGGCGAGCGCAACUUCCACUGUGAGGCCUGCGGAAAGAACUUCUUCCGCUCCUCCGACCUGCUGCGGCACCAGCGCAUCCACACGGGCGAGCGCCCCUUCCGCUGCGAGGUGUGCGGCAAGACCUUCUCCCGCUCCUCUGUGCUCGCCAAGCACACGCGCAUCCACACGGGCGAGCGGCCCUUCCAGUGCGAGGCCUGCGCCCGCGGCUUCAUCACCUCCUCGCAGCUGGUGGAGCACCGUCGCACCCACACCGGAGAGACGCCCUACCUGUGCUCUGACUGCGGCAAGACCUUCAAGUUCUCCUUCCUGCUGAAGAGGCACAUGCGCACGCACUCCGGGGAGCGGCCCUACCCCUGUGCCGACUGCGCCAAAGCCUUCAAGACGUCCGGACACCUGCACAAGCACCAGCUGAUCCACGCGCGCGAGGGUCGCUACCGUUGCAUGCUUUGCCAACAGCUCUUCCCCAAUCAGAUGAAGCUGGACCGGCACAGCAGGGCAGAGCACGUCCAGGAGGAGAGGGUAGAGCCGGGGGGCAGCGGGGUGCCGACCAGAGGAGGGGCAGGGGCAGGAGGAGAGGGGAAGGACGGGGAGGAUUGAGUUAGGGGUUAGGGGAGACUGCCUCUCUGUUUUCUAAUGUUUGCAGGACAGCGGUUCUUAUUGCAAUUGCUCAGAUUCAACGACAAACGAAUUUCUUUCGGUAUUUCUAAAUUCAGCACUAUUGAGUGUUUAAAAUCUCUGGGUGAGCGUUUAAUAGCAGAAUAAAAGCUAUGUUGAUCAUUAUUAUUUAACUGUUGUCAAAAAUGACCGAACAUUAUCAUUUUCCGUAUCUGUUUCAAUACUGUAAACACACACUGCCCUGCCGUCUACACACGAUACAGACAUUUCAAAAUAGCGAUGGGGGGCGUCUUGUGAUAGAUUUUGUUAUUGGUUAGAAAUGUUCCUGGUAUAUUAAAGUUUGGGAAAUUUAAGUAAUAUUCCAACUGCAGGUGCUUUAACGUGAGUUCAGAGCUGCUCUUCAGUUCCAUUUGCCUGCCAUAGAUGUCUGUAUAGAUGAGCCACUUUGGAUCAAGUUUUGUUUUGCUGGCAAUACACAAGCUGUACACCAGAUGGUGCUGACUAAUAUAAAGAUUGGCUGUUCAAGCCUUCAUUACACAUUAUUCAUCUUUAAUUUAGCCAGCUCCCUCUAGUGCACAGCUAGUGUGCUUCCAGCAAAACAAACUUGAGCCACAGUGAGAGACCACUAGAUGGCGCUACUCUUGUAUAAAGACACUUUGGCUGACCUACCGUACACACGUCUACAGCAGGCAGCUCGAACUGAACUGAAGUCACCUUAACACAUAAAAAACCCACAGUAUUUGAGUGAUUGCAAUAAGGAGCACUCCAAAUGACUGCAAAUGCCGUUAAAAGACAAGGGGACAGUAGAAAACUAAGAACAUGUCAUGUGAAUACUCUUUACUGCUGGAUGUGUCAAGUACUAAGCUUCACCAUCCCGAAAACCCUUGUACUCAGCCCUCCCUAUAGUAAUCUUAAUGUAAAUGGGUAUGAGGCGUAAGGUGAUGGGAAUAUUCAUUUUUACACUACACGCCUUUCUCUAGAGGCCUGGGUUCCGAUCUGGGGGGGGCUAGGUGCUGCAGAGACAUUGCAAAACCACCCCCACAAUUCAGCAGCGCAAGAGCCUGCAUCGAGCAACAGGUAUCAGCCAGACGAGGUCAACAUACAAGGUGCAGUUCCUAAGCACUGAAUGAUAAGCUGUUUAACAAGGACUGCUUUCUCCAGUGCUGGUACAGUGGGGGAUGUAACUACAGCACUCUCGAGUGGUCAAGGGAAGAACUGCGCCCCCCUUCUAGAAUGUGGAGCUAAAGAAAGACAUUGUAUGUAUAAGGCACACAUAUGUAUAGACACAUGGAUAGUGUGUCAUAUAUGCAACACAGACUACUGGAUUAUAAAAGGAGGUAGAGCUCGUGCAUAUAGCAUGUAAAUAAAUGCAUGUUUCCUGCAGUCAUUUCUUGAUCAGCCACUCUCUGCUGCUUCCUCUAACCAGCUCAGCUGAGCCCCCUUACCUCCUUACUGCUCACUAAACAUCUUGGGAUCCCGGAACAGAUGCUCCUUCGUUUCUCAAAUACAUUCGAAUGAGCUGCACGCCCCACAGGUGCAGGGGCACCCCGUUACGAGCUCCGUUUACUACCAAGGGAAGCAGGAUGACUGGCGAUUUGAACAUACUGCCUGCCCUUCUGCUGUGCUUGCCUGUCAGAGACACGUGCAGGGCAGACCACCCAAAGAGACUUCAGAGGAGAGCUGCCAAGACCAAAACGUUUGUGGAAAACAAAUUGAAAAAACUACUUCUUCUGGGAAAAUGUGCCAACAGCUUUCAGAUAAAGCUUAACCGGGUAUCUCCCAGUCUGACAGUGGGAAGCAUGGGUGUGGUACAGACUGGUUUCAUAGUGCAAGUGAUGCUUCGUGCUACUUAAGUGAACAAUGACUUCCUGUUCAUUAUAUAACAUGAUGUUGUCUGCAAACAGGCCUAAUUUACACAGAUUCUUUACAUUAUAUAUAUAAUACACACGCACACAGUACAUAGAGAAUACUGCAGGGGUAGUGUGUGAUAUGAGAACUGAAUGCUCACCCGAGGGGUGCGAUGCUAUAUAAACCCAGAGGCUGGGCAUUACAUUCUCAUUUAUCACACACUACCCCAUGCAGUAUUUUUUUACACUCUCUGGUAAGCAAUGUUUUCCCGAGUGAGAAGAGAGCAGCUAUGCGAGGUAGGGUUGGAACUGCUUUCAGUUUGACGGCUCAUCGAAAUACCAGGUUUCAUGGCAAUGGGAUACGUGGGUCUCCAGAGAGGUGUUGUAAUGUGUGCAGUGUGGCAUGUGUACGCACCACCGCCUGCACUGCAUCCCCUCUGCAGGGGACUCAUCACUACAUUCCUGAGAGCAUUUAUAAUCAGUGCAAAAGGGGCUUUUUUUUGGUACAUGCGUGUAUAUUAUGACAAAAACUAAACAGUGGAGUUACAUUUCAUUACAUUACAAUGAGAAGGUGGUGGCUGGGUAUGUGAAGCAGCCGGCACUCUCCCUCAUCACGGGCGUAGAAAUACUGAAAGAAAAUUCACGGACAAACAUUUCCACUAGGAAAACAACACACUGAAAAAAGACUUCUAGUGGAAACGCUGGUCGGUGAAUUAGUGUCUCUCAGUUCAGCACUCUUGAGUAUUAGUUGUAGGUGAUGAUAUGGCUUGUUUUUAAAGACUAAGUACCAUCAAGUGUCAUUUUAAUUCUGUGAGGUUUUUUUUAAAUGUCCCUGAAUAUUCAAUGGUGUUGUCAUACUAUUCCACGGCCUGUCUGCUCCCUGUUUCUGUAUAACUGUAAGUAGGGAGGCUGGCACAUGAUCUGAAUGGAAUGCGGAAGGCUGUUCAGAGCCCAGCAGUUAGGAUUCUCCAGACGAGCUCAGAGCAGCUCAGCCGGGUAAAAGCAGACUUAGAGAAAAAUGAACUCAAGAUGACUGCAAACUACAAUACAGGGAUGGGAAUAAGACUCCCAUUGCACAGCAGUUUGGUCCAUUCCUGCUUUUACAAGGAGUUGAAUAAGACACACCUGAGCUUGUUGCCUAUACACUAGCUUGUUGAUUUUAAGGUACAUAAUAAAACCUGGAAUGUGUGAAACUGCUAUGCAAUAAGAGUAUGUGUCCAUCCCUGCAAAAGUAAAGGAAGUGUAACAAGGCAAUUCAAAUGACAUUGAAGCUGCUUAUUCUUUGAUAUGCUUGUUUAAUAGGGCAUUGCUGGUGUUAGUAUUGUGUAAUAGGGGGUUGCUAGUGUGUAAUAUUUUGCUCUCUGUACAAAGCUUUAGUAUCAAAUUAGUUAUUUUUCUUGUAGCUUCACUGAAUGUCGAUCAGCCAACUUGCCAAAUGUAUUGUUCACUGAAGUCAAUAAAUAUAACAAUAUAUGAAUAAAAGUGUAUGUUCACUGUU